CACGCUCGCUCCUGCAGUCUCUUGAUCUCCUGCACGUCCUCACGCAUCCACUCCGUCCGGAUUCAGAUCCGGUCGGUUCUCACGCUCCUGCGGCCUCAGCGCGGAUAAAAACCCGGAUUUGAAGCCGCGGCGGCUGCAGCCUGCGGACCUGAACGCUCAGCAUGGCUCAGAAAGCGGCUCUGAUCGUCUUCGCCCAUCAGAGCCCGGCUUCGUUCAACGCGGCGCUGCGGGACGCGGCGGUCCAGGAGCUGUCGGGUCAGGGCUUCCGGGUCACCGUGUCUGACCUUUACGCCAUGAACUUCAGAGCCAGCGCCACGCAGGAUGACAUCAUCGGCGACCUGAAGAACCCGGAUCACUUCCAGUACGGCGAUGAGACGAUGCGGGCCUGGACCGAGGGCCGCCUGAGCGAUGACAUCACCGCCGAGCAGCGCAAGCUAGAGGAGGCGCAGCUGAUCAUCUUCCAGUUUCCUCUCUACUGGUUCAGCGUCCCGGCCGUCCUGAAGGGUUGGUUCGACCGCGUCCUCACUCAGGGGUUCGCCUUCAGCCUGCAGAAAAUCUACAGCAAGGGCGUUUUCAAGGACAAGAAGGCUCUGCUGUCGUUCACCACCGGAGCCCCAGAGUCCAUGUUUCAGCCCGACGGCAUCGACGGAGACAUAAACGUCACGCUGUGGCCGCUGCAGAACGGGAUUCUGAACUUCUGCGGGUUUCAGGUUCUGGCUCCUCAGAUCUUCUGGGAUCCGGUUCACUGUCCCGCCGCUGUCCGCGCCCAGAUGCUGGAGGGAUGGCGCGCUCGCCUGGGAGGCCUGCUGAUGGAGAAACCUUUGACCUUUGCCCCCUGUGAGCUCUUUGACCUCAGUUUCCAGGGGGGGUUCAGGCUGCGGCCCGAAGUGAAGGAGGAGCAGGAGGCGCAGCCGUUCGGCCUCUCCACCGGACAUCACCUCGGAAAGCCGCUGCCGCCAGGCGACCAGACCAGAGCGCCAUCUGCAGGUGGAAACAGGAAAUAGCAGCUCAUCUUUAACUCCAUCGCUUCCUGCAGAUUUCAUGUUUUAUUUUUUAUUUUUAUGAGAUGAUUUAACCAAGACAUUUACCCAAACAAUGUAUUGAAACUUAAUCAAUUCAAACACUUUAAAGGUGCAGCGUGAAGGAUGUAGUGACAUCUAGUGACAUGCUACACCACAUCUUCUUUUAUAUACAGUAUAUAUACAUAUAUAUAUUUUCUUCUUUUUGCAAAAUUUUUAUUGAGAAAUUCGUCCUUUAAUGAGUUGACUGUAAUCUAUAAUGUGUUUCCAAGAGGAUAUGAUGUCAUGUUUUUACAUUUACACAGACAAAAAUGAUUAGCAAUAAUCUGAGUUAUUUAGCCUGUGAUGAGAAAGAAAAAUGGGGAUUAAUUUUUCUGUGUCAUAUUUUCACUCAUUUAUUCAUUUAUAAAUGUCAGUUUAAAACUAAAUAUUUAGCUCCAUACAAAAAUGUUUAUCUUUGAGCUAGCAAAAUAAUUAGUUUACAAUAAAUAUAUUUAGCUAACAUGCUAAUUCACGUGUCAAUAAGUGGAAGUGGACUAUCAAUAAAUAAAAGCUGUAUGACCGAAAUCUGUUAUUCCUGCAUACAUGCGCAUCAAAUUAUUUUAAUUUCUAAAUAAAACAACAGUGUUAUGUCCA